AAUGAUACUACUGUUCUCUCAGUCGUUGUUACUGACAUUAAUGAUAAUGAUCCUGUAGUAACUGCGUCGGAGUAUAAUGUAAUGGUUUUAGAGGAAGAGGCAGAUUUUGUGGUAACUUAUGUUAGGGCGACUGAUGAAGAUUAUGGAAUUAACGCAGAUUGUACGUUUACAAUAGUUGAAAGACUUGUAAAUGAUUUUACAGUCCACAACAUAACUGGGGAAGUGACAACGCGGAGAGUUCUUGAUAGGGAACAUAAAGAAACAUAUGAAGUAUAUAUUUUGGCAAUUGAUCAUGGUCGAAGUCCCCGUUCUGGUGAAGCAUAUGUGACAGUUACUCUCAUUGAUGUUAAUGACAAUCCACCAAUGUUUGAAUUAAAUACUUAUCGGGCCACCGUGGUUGAAUACAUAUCAGGGAAAUUUAUCCUUUCGGUGAAGGCAAAAGACAUGGAUGUAAUGGAUAAUGCUGCCGUGCGUUACGCAAUCAUUCCUGAUAGUCAUACCGACUAUAAUUUGUUCACUGUGGAUGCAAUGACUGGCAAUGUAUAUUUUUCAUCAUCUGAGUCUACUGAGAAUGUGGGUGAAAAUCUGGUGGUAAUGAUAGAAGCUUAUAAUGAAGUACCAUACACAUCGGAUGAUAUUCUUAAUGGAACAACAACUGUCGAUGUCACAGUACUGUGUUCUACCACAGUGACGAGAUACCAUAGUGAAUCAGACUGGUGGAUGUGGGUAGUUAUAAUCACUCUUGUUGGAAUCGUCACCUUGAUAAUAGCAGCAUCGCUAAUAAUUAUAAAUCGCAAAAGAAAUUAUCAGCAUGUUCGAAGAGAAGCUUGUCAUGAAUUACAGAUAUUUGAACAUCAGGAUUACGAGGAAAUUGCAGAACACGUAAAAUUUGACUCCAUUGAUAUUGCAAAAGCAAAGCUGCUUGACUCAUUAGAUGAAGAUCUUCGAAUCGAGGUUGAAGAUGUUCUUGUCUAUCCACCCAUUGACGGUGUCGUUUUGAACAUUAAACAUGUCAUUGGAAAAGGAACUAUCAUGAAAGACUUUGAUCAUCCUAAUGUGCUGGGUUUGAUUGGAAUAUUCAUUGAUGAGAAUAGCAGUCCAUCCAUUGUUCUGAAACAGUUUGUUACAAAAUCUACGAAGGUAGACAUUGGUUAA